AUGACCCCCUUCACCAACAGCAGCCUGCGCUGGCUGCCUGGCGAGCCCAGUGACUCUGGUUUCUGUGCUUACCUGGAGGAGCCUCAGGUGUCAGGCCUGAGAGCCAAUCCAUGUACUGCAACUGCCCAUGGGCUGAUUUGUGAAAAAGCCACUGGAAACCCCAAUCAGAGUACGCGUCCAUCCUGUAAGAAGCCGUGCUCGCUGCACACCAACUGUGCUAAUUGUACCAGCCAGGCCAUGGAGUGUAUGUGGUGUCUGGAGUGGCAGACUGGUGAUUGUGUGGCCCAGAACUGCUCAGGCCUGCAGACAUGUUCCCAGUGUUUGGAGCAACCGGAGUGUGGCUGGUGUGGAGAUCCCAGCAGCACGGGGAAGGGUCUGUGCAUGGAGGGCUCGUACCGGGGGCCCAUGAAGAGAACGGCGAAGCAGGGCCAGCAGGGCCAGUCCCAGGACAUGAGCCUGGAGCCGGGCAGCUGCCCCAAAGACAAGGGCUACGAGUGGGCCUUCAUUCACUGCCCUGCAUGCCAGUGUAAUGGCCACAGCACGUGUGUGAACGGCAGCGUGUGCGAACAGUGCCGUAACCUCACCACCGGUCCUCACUGCCAGACCUGCAUGCCUGGUUACCACGGAGACCCGACCAAUGGUGGCAAAUGCCAGGCCUGUAAGUGUAAUGGUCACGCAAGUGUGUGCCAGGUGUUAACUGGCAAGUGCUUCUGCACCACCAAGGGGAUCAAAGGAGACCAGUGCCAGCUGUGAGUACACACACACACAAGAAAGAGAAAACAGAAGUGUUUUAAGUGGUUCCAUACUUAAAUCAUCAUGCUGAAAUUUUGGACCAGCAAUUUAUACUGUAGCUUUUUAUUAUUAGAUAUGGUCAGUACAGUAUCUCUAGACCCUGUUUCCAAAAGUUCCACACGGCAGCAGAGAGGUCAAAUGAGAAAUACACUGUCAAUGUUAGGAGUAAAAUUCACAGAGUUAUGGUAAUAACAAUCAAAAGUGAGUCUCUGGGCUGCCUGUUACUGGGUUGGUACCACUUGGGAUGGAGCCCUGAUGAAAUGCUUGGGGCUAUUUUAAGGGAGAC